AUGGUGACUGGAAAAUCUGAGGAAGUUGACAAGCCAUCCUUAGAUAAUGAUGAUGAUGGUAAAAUUGUUGUUUAUGUGGAUCUCACAAAGGCUUUUACUACUGAUAAAGCUUUUGCAUCCCACGCUGAUCUUAUUGAUUGGGCUCGUCAUGUAGGUAGAGAGAAUGACUAUGUUGUUAUUGUGACUAGGUCCAACUACAGAUCUGAAAAGAGGAAGCCUAUGAUAACAUUGAGAUGUGAGCAUGGUGGGAAGUAUAGACAAGUGGGUCACUCUUUUGUUGGUCGUCUAAAUCCUGAUGAAAAGGCCUUAGUGGGAAGUAUGAUUGAGAAAAGAGUUAAGCCCAACGACAUAUUGAUUGCAAUAAGGGAGAAAAACUCUAACAACCUGACUAGAAUCAAACAAAUAUAUAAUGAGAAGCAAUCAUACAAUCGGAUUAAGAGGGGACCUUUCACGAAGAUUCAACACUUGAUAAAGUUGUUGGAAGGUGAGAAAUAUGCACACCGGUCUAGGGUUGAGGGUGCUUUUGAUGUGAUUAAAUCUCUCUUCUGGGCUCACCCUAAUUGUAUUCAUCUUUUUAAUGAAUUUCCUACAGUGGUGCUUAUGGAUGGUACAUACAAAACCAACAGGUAUAGGAUUCCUUUACUUGAAAUGGUUGAGGUGACAUCAACUAAUUUGACAUACUCUAUUGCCAAAUGCUUCCUCCUUUCUUGUUCGGUGCCUUCUUGUUCCUUUGCUUCUUCUUCCUUCUUCCUUCUCUUUAAUGCACUUUCUUCCCUCUUUCUUUCAUCUCCUUCUAUCUGCUAG